GCUAGCUUGCAUGCUAGCUGCGUUUGAAACCAUUUAAUGAGACGGUCGCCAUAUUACUCGAGGGAUACGAACCAGAAAAGAAAGGGAGAUAAGAUGGACAUAUAAAGUGCGAUCUGAUUGUUUCGUUUUUGAUAUUCGUUGUACAAUAAUCAACCAAGAUGAAUUACGCAAAACUGAAGGGUUUCGGGGCACUAUUUUUCUCCUUUUUAUCGGCGUUUGUAGGUUCCGUUUUACUGAUGGGCCCGAUGCUACCGCUCAUGAUCCUCGCUCCCCAGGUUUACCGGCGAGUAACGGACCUAAUCAUUGGAAUGUGGCUCGCUUUGCCCAUGUCUUUGCUGGAGACCUUUUUUGGAACGCAAUUCAAAGCCAUUGGUGACAAGCUGAAGCCGAACGAAAGAAGUUUGUUCAUCAUGAACCAUCGGACGAGGCUGGACUGGCUGUUCUUCAUCGCUUGCUUGUUGCGACACACCCAGCCAUCCAACCUUAAAAUCAUUCUUAAGAAUCAGCUCAAAUCAGCUCCUUGUCUCGGUUGGGCUAUGCAGGUAGCGUGCUUUAUCUUCUUAGCUCGUCAGUGGGCCAAGGAUUGUGUGUGGUUGACCUCCGUGCUCAAGUACUUCUCAGAGAUGCGUUAUGAUUUUCAGCUCCUUCUCUUCCCAGAGGGAAUCAACUUUUGUCGGACUGGACAGGAGAUCAGUAAUGCGUAUGCCCAGAAGCAUGACCUGCCACGUUAUAAAUAUGUACUCCACCCUCACACUACUGGGUUUUCUUUUACUGUGGACUAUCUUAGGCAGACCAAGAUGAUCGAUACUGUGUAUGAUGUGACAGUGGCUUACUGCGACACUGUCCCUGAGAAAGGUGAGAUCGAUAUCUUCAGAGGCAACAUCCCCAAGGAGAUGCAGUUCUUGAUCCACAAGUACCCCAUCAGUGCUCUCCCGCAGAACAAGGAAGACCUUGACAACUGGUGCGUCGAGAAAUGGAAGGAGAAGGAGCAUCGACUGGAGAAGUUCUACACCGGCAACAAGACCUUCGAGGGGCAGGAGGAUGGAAAGCUGGAGAACCUGUCGAGCCAGUCUGUCUGGAAAGUCUAUUUCAUUAUUGCAUGCUGGCUGUACGCUGUGUUGUUCUCUGCUUGGCUCUUGUGCACAUCCUCCUUCGUGCUCUGGGGAUCCAUCGUCAUCAUGACGGCGUUCGUGGUCAUUGGAAAGUACUUUGGUGGAGUCGACAAUAUCUCGAUUGCGAGUUUCAACUUCACGCAAGAUCUGACGCAUAAAGCGAGGACCACUUGAUAAGUUGUCUCAUGUACCGUGUUUAUCCACGAUGACUCUUUAUUAUCAAACACAGAACAGAGAUUAUUUUUCACAAAUGGUUCUUGUUUAUGGGGCAGUCACAUUUCCCCUAUGGAGGGCGAAUGGCAAUUCAAAAUAGCUGUUUUUUUUAUGAACCAUGUGGGCACUGUAGGGGAAAUGUGGCCACAGAUUUGGAAGGGAUGGGCACUAUCAGACUACAUGAUGUACCAUAAUCAAUUAAUUGCUUUAAAAACUAUACCUGAAGAAUACUUUGUAGGGUAAAGACACUGCGAGAUAUAAUUGCAACAAAUAUUUCCUUAUCUAUUAGCAUUUUAUAUUGAAUAACAUAAAUAAAAAAAUCAUGGUAUGAAUAAGUGGAGGGAGUCAUAUGUACAAAAAUAUUUGUGUCCAAAUUGUUGUUUAUUGCAAAAGCAAACACUGGUAUUAUAAUACCUCAGCCUCUUUUCAUGGUGAAAUUGUAUAUAAAUGAAGUUUAUAGGUCAACAAGACUUUGAUUGGAGAUUUAUAAAGCUUUGGCCUGCCUCUUUCAUUAAAAUGGUACUAUCUUGUUUUGUACUAAUGUGCUGCUGUAAUGGCAAAAUAUGAAGAAGUUUUAUUGUCAAUUGAUAAUUUCCUUGAUUUUUGUAUAACUUAAGUUAUGUAUUGCCUCCCAUAUUUGCUGCGUUCUGAUAUGAUGGUUUGAAUAGAAAGGAUAUGAUGAUUUUCCCCUUCUCCUUUUUGAAUACUAAUGGGAUUGAAAAACUAAUCCUGGAGAUAUUCUCUGACGGAUAAUGUUGUAUGAAAAAUUGCCAUUUGUGACUAUUUGUGAUCAUUAUGGAAAAAAAAAUUUAAAAGAAUAUUUAUUCAUGUCAAUCAAAUCUUUGCUCUAUGAUAUUAUCUGAUAAUGGAUAACAAUGAAUAGGCUACUAAACUGGGUCAUGUUUAUUAUGUAUUAUUCUCUGAAAAUAUUUCUUUACACUUUCCCCUCCCCUUUUCAUGUCACAAAAAAUUCUACUAUUACCAAUUUCUUUCCUGUUUUAAAUCACCAAAUACUAUUUUUUCCUUCAUGAUAUUGUGUGGAAAUUAAUGUAAUAUAGUGUGACUUUUAUUACAAUAUGAAUUAAUCAUGUUCUAUAAUCGUUGAGAUUAUGUAUAGAUAUUAGAAUGAAUGACGGAAUUGUGAUUUUAUUUCAGAAAUUGACAAGCUGAAUGAAAAGUAAAUGAAGAACACCUCGUUUUAAACCAGGUUGUGAUGAUACUUGAUUAUGCAUAUGAUCUUUUGAAAUAAAAUAUCCAAUUAAUCAUGUUUGUAUAAAUCAGUGGCUGAAUUGAUAUGCUUUUUAUGAUGAUAUUAUAAUUGACGAGUAAGAUUUAUGAUGACUUUUCAUGUCUGAUUCACCGCACUUUGAUAUGUUUGAUGUAUGUGUACUGUCUUGUCUAUUUUUGCUAAUUUAUUGUGGUAUAAUUCUAAGAUUUGUAGUGAUCAUUUCCUGUGAUUUUCACUUCCUAAUCACAAACAAGGAUGGAAGUUUGUUUAUUUUCCUAACAUGUAAGCAUUCAUGCAGAUCAUACCACAGUGCUUGAAAUGCACUAUGUGUUAAACUAGGCUUUAAUAGAUACAUGCAUUUCAUUCCUCUGUGUGAUGUGAAGAAAUGAUUUUCUAGUGAUUGACUACAUCAAAACUAAAUAUGAAAUCCUUAAAGCAUUUUCUAUUUAAUGAAUAAUUAGAAAUCAAGUUUUCAAGUAAAUUGUUUUUGUGAAAUUAAUAAAUGAAGAAAACAAUUUCACAAAUUUUCUCCACACAUGAAAUUAAUAAUAAGAUUUGAUGAACAAUUUAAAUGUUAAUUUGAUUAAUAAACCUAUUCUGAACAAACCGAAUGAGCCAAUUAGCAAAAUAUCAUAAUGAUAGAAAUUAGUUUUAAUACUAUAAAAAGAAGCAUCUUGCCUUAAAAUUUUAAAACAAAGUUGCCAUUGCUUGAUGCAAGCCCGUAAACUUGCUGCCGCUCAUACUGGCAUUUAUGUGCUGUAGAGUCAAAAUCUAUAAAUCAAAGCGAAAUAUAUGUAUGUGUGUGUGUUUCCCAGUUUGCAAAAUACUCUUUGGAAUAUAUAUUUUUUAUCAUCUAGAAGGCAGUUUAGCUAAUGUUCUAAAAUUUGCUGUCGAGUACAAAAGCAAAUAAAAACACAUUACAUAAUAGUUUUCUAUUGAAAGACUAAUAUAUCCCUUGCAAGUUGGAGUUAUUGUAUCGAAAAUAUGUGAGGUCGAUCUCAUAUUAGUGAUAAUAGUGAAAAAAGGUUUUUAUUAACUCAAUUUAGGUGAGUUAAAAUGAAGAAAUAGGGUACUUCAUUAAAUCUUAACUAACUUAGGACAAUUGGGUUCUGGUUAUUCACAAGCUUUACUUGCUUUUGAUAUAUCCAAAUGUUUACUAUGGUAUUCUGUUUGAUA